CCUCACCGCCCAUGGCGUGAGCAGGCGCGUGCUGCUUACUCGUUGCCCCGCUAGUCGACCUGCACACCGGCGGCCUGCAGUGCGAGGACCUCGCGUUUGGAGAUCUGCGCGGCCUCGAUGUUUGGAAGGCGAACUUCGAGAGCGUCGAGAUGACUUGCGCCACUUUCGACAACGCGCGCCUCGCCGAGACCAACUUCAAGGACGCCGUGGCGGCGAGGGCGAGCUUCGUGCGCGCGGAGCUGGACCGCAGCUCCUUUGAAGCGACCGUGCUACCGCACGCAAACUUCUCAGGGGCGAGCUUGCGCGAGGCGAAGCUCGAGUACUCCAGCCUGCGCCACACGACCUUCGACGGGGCGGAUCUCUCCAGCGCCAGCUUCGUCGAGAGCGACCUCAGCCACGCGAGCUUCUUCGGCGCGACCGGCGUGUCGACGGCCCGGUUUGACCGCGUGCUGGGCAUGAACACCGUGAAGGGUCUCGACCGCAAGACCCUGGCCGCGGCGCUCCUCUUGCAGGGCUGAGUACAGAGAAGAGAGAGAGCGUAAACGCUCUCCCUGUUCAAGUGGGCAUGUGUGGAGAUACGGCAAGCAAGUCAUCACUUGGCAAGUCUGAAUAGGGUCUGAAUGGCAGAGCAGCCCAUGUUACCAUCACGCCGAGGACCAACCCUCUGAUUCGCGCGUUUGCA